AACAUGACUUGGACGGUAGCUGAUGCUGUGGACUACAAGGGUUUCCCUGCUGACAGAUCUAAAACUGGCGGAUGGGUGCCUGCUGCUCUUAUUCUAGUUGUUGAAGUGUGUGAGAGGCUGUCAACAAUGGGAAUAGCAGUAAACCUAGUGACCUACUUGAUUGGAACAAUGCAUCUGCCUAGUUUCACUUCGGCCAAUAUCGUUACAGACUUUAUGGGCACAUCAUUUCUCCUGUGUUUGCUUGGAGGCUUUCUUGCUGAUUCUUUCCUCGGCAGAUACAUGACUAUUGCCAUCUUUGCUGCAAUACAAGCUCUCGGCACUGGCGGAUUAGCAAUAGCAACAAAACUGCCACAGCUACGCCCACCUCCCUGCGGAGCAACCGCCGCUCACUGCAAACAAGCCAGCGGCUUCCAACUGGGAAUUCUAUACGUGGCUCUAUAUCUCAUCGCAUUAGGGACCGGCGGCCUAAAAUCAAGCGUAUCGGGAUUUGGAACCGACCAGUUCGACGAGAAAGACGAGAAGGAGAAGGCUCAGAUGGCCUUCUUCUUCAACAGGUUCUUCUUCUUCAUUAGCAUCGGAACUUUGACGGCGGUCACGGUGCUCGUCUAUUUGCAAGACGAAGUGGGUCGGAGCUGGGCGUACGGAAUAUGCUCCGUUUCCAUGUCCAUAGCGAUCAUCGUCUUCUUAUCUGGGACUAAAAGAUACAGAUACAAGAAGAGUUUGGGAAGCCCCGUUGUUCAUAUUCUCCAAGUUUUUGUUGCUGCUACAAGGAAGAGGAAGAUGGACCUUCCUUUUCAUUUUGGCUCAAUGUACGAGGAUUCUCCCGAGGCUUCAAGAAUUGACCACACGGAGCAGUUCCGUGUGUUGGACAAGGCAGCGAUUGUUGCGGAAGGUGACUAUGAGAAGGAUGGCGGUGGUGCUCCAAAUCCAUGGAAGCUAUGCUCUGUGACGAGGGUGGAGGAGGUGAAAAUGAUGAUAAGACUACUACCAAUAUGGGCGACGACCAUCAUAUUCUGGACAACAUACGCGCAGAUGAUCACCUUCUCAGUUGAGCAAGCAUCGAGCAUGGAAAGAUCGAUUGGGAAUUUUCAAAUUCCAGCAGGCUCGCUUACUGUCUUCUUUGUUGCUGCCAUAAUGAUCACUUUGGCUAUUUAUGAUCGUCUCAUCAUGCCUCCAUGGAAGGCAUUGACAGGGAAACCAGGUUUUACGAAUCUUCAGAGGAUGGCAAUAGGACUAGGCCUGUCAGUUUUUGGAAUGGCAGCCGCCGUCCUCUGUGAGAGAAAGCGGUUGGCGGUGGCAAAAGCCGCGGGCAGCAGAGCCACUUUGCCUAUAAGCGUCUUCUUCUUAAUCCCACAGUUUGUGUUGGUGGGUUCUGGCGAAGCCUUCAUAUACACUGGGCAGCUAGAUUUUUUCAUAACCGGAUCACCAAAAGGAAUGAAAACCAUGAGCACCGGUCUCUUCCUGACAACGUUGUCGCUUGGUUUCUUUGUCAGUAGUUUCUUGGUGUCGGUCGUGAAGAGGGUGACUGGAAGCAAGGAUGGGCAUGGAUGGGUGGCAGACAACAUCAAUAAUGGGAGGCUUGAUUGUUUCUAUGGACUCCUAGCUGUACUUGGCAUCAUAAAUUUUGUAGCAUUUCUUUUUUGUGCGGCAUGGUACAAGGCAUCCAAGCCUAAAUCUUCUUUGCAGAUGGGGAAUAUUGUUUAG